AUGCCCCUCAUCGACCUCACAUCGAUCCACGACAUCAAGACGUACAUGGCGGCGAUCGAAGCCAGUCCCUGCAGUACAGACACGCUGUACUUUGCCAUGCCGCCGCACCCCAAUGGCACGACGACGAAUGCGAAUGCGCUCUGGGCAACGUCGCCGCCUGCCAUACCCUCCAAGCCGUCGUUUUGUGACGACCAAAUGGAGGAGCAGUACCGUCUCAAGCGACUGCGGCGCGAGGCCGGCGAGUCGACGCCGCCCCGCAUGACCCACUACCACCGCCAGCGCGCCGAGAUCCAACUUCUGCGAGGCGUCGCGGCCGACUUGACAACCCAGCUUGGCCACCUUCAGGCCAAGCACGUCACGUCGCAUCGCGGCGACUGGUACCAAGCGUUGCUGCGGGAGAAGCAAGCGAUGGACGACAGUAUCUCGACCAAUAUCGAGCUCCGGAGCCACUUGCAGCGGGUCCUGCAGCGACGGGAAGGGAUUCAGAAUGCUGUCUUUGCCCCCGACGAUGGCCACCCGUUUGGAUUUUAG